CCGGAGCGCAGGGAUCUGUGCUGUGCUGAGGCUGAGCUGAAUGAGAUUGAAGAAGAGUUCUUCUUGUUUUGUAGCUUCAGUUUCUCUGUUUUUACACAAAUUUGACUAAAACUAAAUAUAAAAUAGGGCAACAAAACAGAGCCGUGCGGGAAGGAGUCAGCCAGGCUGUUUGUACGCUGUUAUUCCACCGUGGAUCGGCUUCUUAUAGAUAUAUAUUUAAUUAAUCUAGAGGAGGACUGCUGCUGAGGCAGCACAGAGGGGUGGAGUCCAGUCCCACAGCCAGGUGCGGCACUUUAAUGCUUCAGUUGGAUGGUUUUCCUACUGGAGACGGUGUUAAGGCUGAUCGAUCGGCUGGCAGACUGACUGGAUCCAUGAUGGAAUUACAGACGUUACAGGAGGCUCUGAAGGUGGAGAUCCAGAUCCAUCAGAAACUGGUUGCCCAGAUGAAGCAGGACCCUCAGAACGCAGAUCUGAAGAAGCAGCUCCACGAACUUCAAGCGAAGAUCACAGCGCUCAGCGAGAAGCAGAAAAAGGUGGUGGAGCAGCUGAGGAAGGAGCUGCUGGUGAAGCAGGAGCCAGAGGCCAAGCUGCAGCUGCAGGUCCAAACUCCUCCAGCAGGUGGCGACAUCAAGCCGACCAACCUGCUGCAGAGCCAGCAGAUAACUGGAGGACUGCAGCAGACGCUGACCGUCACGCCGGUCCUCACCACGAAGACUCUACCUCUGGUGCUGAAAGCUGCCGCCACGCCCGCCCUGCCCGGCUCCGUCCUGCCGCAGCGCCCGGCCACCGUCGCCGUGGUGACCACGGCCAUCACCAAACCCGACUCGCAGAACGCCCCCAUCAACCUGCAGGUGGCCAGCAAGCUGACCGGCCAGAGCUCGGAGCCCGUCCGACUGGUUUCCAAAAACACCAUGGUGGUGCAGGCCACCACCACCACCACCGCCCAGCCAAUCAAAGUUCCUCAGUUUGUCCCUCCUCCUAGACUGACGCCUCGACCCACCUUUCAGCCACAGGUCAGGCCCAAACCGGCCACGCCCACCAACAUCCCCAUCGCCCCGGCCCCUCCCCCGCCCAUGAUGGCGGCCCCCCAGCUGCUCCAGGGGCCCGUCAUGUUGGCCACCAAGCUGUCGUCCUCGCUGCCCUCGGCGGCGCCCAUCCACCAGGUCCGCAUCGUCAACGGACAGCCCUGCAGCAAGACUGGCUCCGCCCCCCUGACCGGCAUCGUCAUCACCACACCCGUCUCUGCCGCGCCCGCCACCCGCCUCGCCAGCCCCGCACAGGCACCCAACCCUGCCCCCGUCCCCACCCUGACCCCCACCCAGCCGAUCCAGAUCAGCAGCCUGACCACUGAGCCCAAGCAGACUGUUAAAUCAGGAGGUGGAGCCGAGCAGAAGGCCGUCGUCAGCCUCUCCUCCUCCUCCUCCUCCACUCCUCCACUGUCUCCAGCUCCCAGACCCAAGAAAGAGGAGAACCCAGAGAAACUGGCCUUCAUGGUGUCUCUGGGGCUCGUAACACACGACCACUUGGAAGAAAUCCAGAGCAAACGACAGGAGCGAAAGAGGAGAACGACGGCCAACCCGGUGUACAGCGGAGCCGUGUUUGAACCUGAGAGGAAAAAGAGCGCAGUGAGUUACCUGAACAGCCCUCUGCACCAGGGGACCAGGAAGAGAGGUCGCCCACCCAAAUACAGCAGCGUCCCGGAGCUGGGCAGCCUCACCCCGACCUCCCCCUCCAGCCCCGUCCAUCCCCUCCCCCUGCCCAGCCCCAGCUCUGGGGAUGGAGACAUCCAUGAGGAUUUCUGCACUGUGUGCAGACGCAGUGGCCAGUUGCUCAUGUGCGACACGUGUUCUCGUGUUUAUCACCUGGACUGCCUGGAUCCACCCCUGAAAACCAUUCCUAAAGGCAUGUGGAUCUGUCCAAAAUGUCAAGAUCAGAUCCUGAAAAAAGAAGAAGCCAUUCCCUGGCCUGGUACCCUGGCUAUUGUUCAUUCCUACAUCGCUUACAAAGAAGCUAAAGAAGAGGAGAAACAGAAACUGAUGAAGUGGAGCUCUGAACUGAAACUGGAGCGUGAGCAGCUGGAACAGAGAGUCAAACAGCUCAGCAACUCCAUAACAAAAUGCAUGGAGACCAAAAACACCAUCCUGGCUCGUCAGAAAGAGAUGCAGCUUUCCCUGGACAAAGUCAAACACUUGAUUCGCCUCAUCCAAGCCUUCAAUUUCAACCAAGCCCUGGUAGAGACAGAGGGUAAAGACGUCAGUGCCAGAGUCCAGGACAGUGCUGAAGGUGCACUGGGCUCUGAAGCUGCACCAGAGGCCAACUCUGUAGAGAAAGUGAAGGCUGCGAGCUCCUCAGCAAACAGCAGCACUGAUGGAAACGACAAACAAGAGCAACAUGGAGCCACAGGCAGCAACCAGACAGCAACAGCAGCAGGAGAAGACACUGACGGCCAACCCGUCCUGGAAGACAGCGCAGUCCUAGCAGCAGAUACCAGCCCCAGUGUGGGGGCGGGGGGUAAGGCCGGGUCUGCUUUGGGGGUGGGGGGUAAGGCCGGGCCUGGUGUAGGGGCAGGGGGAGGGGGAGAGGGUAACACAGAGACUGGUGUCCAGCUGGAUGUCAUGGCUAAGCCUGAGACAGCUCUGGUGGUUGACAUUCCCACCGCCUCAGUGGUUGCGACUGUUGCCACCACCAAUGGUACGGCCGAGCCGGCGUGCCCUGACCACAGCCCUGCAGGAGACUGCACCACCAAUGCCACCACCAACUCUGAGAACAAGAUGGCUGCCGUCAACCCUCCAGAGACAGUGGUGGAGAAGAAACAGGAGGAGAUCACUGACAGUGACGGCAGCAACACCAACAACAGCAAAACCUCAGAACCCUCCCAGCAUUCUUUGCCAGCUCUUGUCAGCAGUUUGGACAAUAAAAAGUAAUGCUAUGUCUCUUGAGUUGCGGGAAUUCAAACAUAUAUAUAAAAAAAAGACUUUUGCUUGCACCGUACGGUGCCCUGAAGUUGCCAAUCUGUAUAAAUGUUGUUUGUUUGCAUUGUAUUGUCAGACUGUGUCAAUGGUAGAUAUACAGCCCAAGUCACAUGGCUCUGGGAAGACGUAGGCUGUUCGCCCACAGAGCUGGGGUACAGGAAGGCCUAAGUACCAGUGUCAUCAUGCCAAUUAGUGAUAGACGUCAGUGGUGGGAAUGCUCAAAGGGAGAUUUAAUUCAUCAUCACACCAGUGUGUGCCUGUUUAAGUGGCCCCUGUGUUCUCUUGUGGGGUGGGGAGAUGGGUCCACAUGGGUACGAAGAUAACCGAGAACAUGGAACCAAACAUCUGUCAGGGGUUACUGGUCUAAAAAGCAGUGUUGUGAUGGAGUACGAAAAGAGAACCUGUUCAUCCCCUCGUCCCAAUGAACUUAAUGUGAACAACCUUUAACUUCUGCAGUCACACAAACCUGAUCUCCUAGACCUCUAACCCAAACCAUCUUUAUUAACCCUAACUUUAACCCAUAAUCCUAAUCCUGCCCUGUCAACAACAACCCCUGCUUCUUCAGAUCUUAAACCAACUUCCUCAUCAACCUACUGCUCAAACCAUCUUCAGUCAAAUAAAAACCAUCAUUGACCAAUGGCAGGAACCUUCCCCUAGUAACUAAAUCUCAAACUUACCUUACUCAGUCCUCAAGCAACAUGAACCAUAACUUUCCACCAUUGCAAUUCAACAAUUUAAAAUCAUAAUUUAUUCUAUCAGCCAAUAUCAGUAAUCUGGCCACAGUAACUAAAACCCAAACUUACCUUCCCCAGUCCAGCAACAGGCUAAAGUAACCCUUGACCUGAACUCUUAAACCGACAUCCCUCAGCGUCUCCAGUCAACAAAAAACCUAACCUAUCCUGUUGACCAGUGGCCGUGACCCUCCCCUAGUGACUAAAACCCAAACUUACCUUCCCCCUCUUGAACCCAUAAGAGCUCAGGAUGCUCCAGACAAACAAGUUCAUGCAAAGUGUAGAACACAAACCAACAUCCCUGACUUUCAAAUCAGCCUAAUCAACUUACUUUCCCCAGUUUGCCAGCGACCCUAACAACCCUUACAACCCUAACCCAGUAAACUAAAGACUCUGCUCUCUCCCAGUUGCCCAGUGACCAAACGUCCCCCACCAAUCAACAAUCCCAGUUAACCUCCCCAUCUCUUCCCCAAAUAUAUCCCUGAGCUCAGGCAGAAAAGACGCUGAGCGUCGUGUUCAGCAGGUAUGCAGGACAAGGUCGAACAGGCGCAGUAGCCUAACAGAUGUUUUCAGUGGUGUCGGUCAAGUGUAGUGAUUGAGUUUUCAUUCGUGAGUCAAGUGUGUCAACUGUGAGCACUAAAUGUGAAAUUGCAAUAUUGCAAUGUCAACACACAAACUAUAUCUGGGCUGUGUUUCUUUUUUAUAGGAAAAGAUAUUCAGGUCUUCCUAGUCUUCAGAAUAAGUGCUUUCUGUUCCUGAACCUGCUGGACUGGCAUUAUCAACACAAAAAGGAAUCCUCUUUUUGAAGUGGUGAUCUUUGCAUUAUGUACAUUUCUGUUGAAUCCUGAACUGCCAAAAUGAUGUUGUAUCCAAAUUCAGCAGGGACAAGUCCACUUACUGUAUUGAAAGAUCAAAUCAUUGGCGUUGUAAGAUAUAGAUGCUACCAUUUCAGAAAUUGGAAGUCCCCAGAUUGAGACAGGAGAGCUUAUUAAACAAUAACAUUGAAGGAACAUUUUUUCCUUGAAAUGGAGGGAUUUGUUGUAUGAACCUGCUCCUUCAGAUGGAUCAGAAGGACGAUACCACAAAUCCUGAGAUUAAAGCACAAGCUUGCUGCAUUACAAAGAAGUGCUGAAGAGCUUUUUGUAUGUUAAUAUGGAAUUAAACAGAGUAUGCAUCUC